GAGAUAGUAAUGCCGUUGACAUAGCAUGGUGGGGGCUCUGAAGAACAUUCAGUGUGACUGGACAAAGAGAACAGAGAAGAUGGCCUUCCUCAUAGCUCUGGGGCUGUUGAUGGCUGGGAUCUGCCCUGUUGUCCUCUGUUACCCAGAUGGCACACUGGGAAGGGACACUGCAGUCCAAGAAGACCAAGACAAUGGGACACAAGUAGACAGUCUAACAGUUGCCUACAGAAUCACUGACUUUGCCUUCUGCCUCUAUAAGGAGCUGGUUUUGAAGAAUCCAGGUGAAAAUAUCGUCUUUUCCCCAUUAAGCAUCUCUAGUGCCUUUGCCAUGCUGUCCCUGGGAGCAAAUAGGAACACCCUGGAGGAGAUUCUAGAAGGUCUCAAGUUCAAUCUCACAGAGACCCCUGAGGCAGAUAUCCACAGGGGCUUUGGGCACCUCCUACACAUGCUCAGCCAGCCAAGGAACCAGGUGCAGAUCAGCACAGGCAGCGCCAUGUUUAUUGAAAAGAACCUGCCAAUACAAGCAGAGUUCAUUGAGAAGGCAAGGGCUCUGUACCAGGCUGAGGCCUUCAGGACCGACUUCCAGCAGCCUCAAGAGGCCAAAAAGCUCAUCAAUGACUAUGUGAGGAAACAGACCCAGGGGAAGAUCAAGGAACUGAUCUCAGACCUGGAUGAGGAGACAUCCAUGGUGCUGGUGAAUCACAUCUCCUUUACAGGAAAAUGGGAGAUGCUUUUUGACCCUCGUGACACAUUUGAGUCAAAGUUCCACUUGGAUGAGAAGAGGUCUGUGAAGGGGCCCAUGAUGAAAAUCAAGAGCCUGACCACACCCUACUUCCGGGAUGAGGAGCUGUCCUGCUCUGUGGUGGAGCUGGAGUACACAGGCAGCGCCAGCGUCCUGUUCAUCCUCCCUGACCAGGGCAAGAUGCAGCAGGUGGAGGCCAGCUUGCGACCAGAGACCCUGAGGAAGUGGAAGGACUCCCUGAAGCACAGGAUGACAGAGGAGCUCCACCUGCCCAAGCUCUCCAUAUCCAAAAAUUACAGCCUGGAGGACAUCCUUCCACACCUGGACAUCAGGGAAGUCUUCUCCACACAGGCUGAUCUCUCUGGGAUCACUAGAGACAUGAGGGUCUCUCAGGUGGUCCACAAGGCUGUGCUAGACGUGGCUGAGACAGGCACAGAAGCAGCUGCUGCCACAGGAGUCAAAAUAAUUCCUUGUUGUGCAAAAUAUAUAACCAUGACUAUGCGUUUCAACAGGCCAUUCCUGAUGGUUCUCUGUCACACGAAUAGUCAGAUUACCCUCUUUAUGUCAAAAGUCGCCAACCCCAAGUGUGCCUAG